UUUGUUGUUAUUACAAAUAUAUAUAUACAUAUAAAUGAAUAUGUCUCUUUUUUCUGUUUUGCGACUGUCUUUGACAAGAACAAAUUUUGUUAUUUCAGCACAAUAUGCGACAUUGCCAAAAGCUGUUGGAGUUGGAAAAAAACAUAUGCAAAAAUAACAUCGUUAUUCGUGUCCUCUUUUUAUCAGGAGCAAAAACGAAGAAGCAAAUGAGUAAAACCGAAAAGAUACAAAUACCAGUUGAAAAAGAUGUUAACAAAUUGUUAACUUAUGUGUGUGGAUUAAAUUAUUAUAAGGAAGGGGAAGAAAUUCAAUUGAAGCCUGAUGAUCAAUAUCCAGAAUGGUUAUGGAACAUUAGAACUGAACCAGUAACAUUGGAAGAUUUAGAUCCAAAUACAAAACAAUAUUGGAGAUAUUUACGUAAAGAAGGAAUUAGAAAGAAGAAUAAAAUGAUAAAGCAUCGUAAAUUAUAAAAUUUGUACCACUGGCUGAUCUAAAUCACUGUUAUUUUAUUUUGUUCAUUGAUAUCAUACUACUUUAUUAA